GAAAGCAACGCGAUAUCAUCGAAAGAUGAAUGAAACGCGCCCGCGUCGGUUUCUCAUUCUACUGUGUCUAUUUUUAGUCCAACAAGGCGGCCAAUGUCACACGACCGAAGCGAAAGUGCGCACGGGACACGCAGUCUCGCGUCUUUAUCGCGAACAGCUCACUCACAUGUUUAACAUACUCGACGAGGAUGCAGAUCCGUGUGAAGAUUUCUUUGCGCACGCUUGCGGCUACUACAACGAAGCGCUGAGCGACGAGCUGCAGCUGAGUGUGGAUAUGGCCGAUAAGCCGAUGACAGUGCCUCCCUAUUUAUACAAUUACGAAGACCGUAUGCAUUUUUUUGAGCGUAAUAAAGCGAACUUCCGCACACCGCCGGGUCGGCUGCUCGCAGCGCUCUAUGUUUCCUGUAAGAAACGCGAACAGAAGAAUAAGUUGUAUGGUCGCGGUCCGCUUUCUCAAUGGCGCCGCAUGUUACGCGAAAUACCCUUCCUCGCGGAGAAUGCGCGGCUCUAUAGGGAGUGGCCGUUGCUGCGUCAUGAAUGGGACAAUUUACUGGCACAACACGCCUACUUAGAUUGGUUACAGUUGGCCGCAGAGUUGGCGGCGCAUGGCGUUACGAGUUUCGUGCGCAUUUUCUUUGCAGAGGCUACGGUCUUUGUGACGCCGGUUAGAGCGCGUCAAGAUGUACGCUGCGAAACUUUGGCGGAUUGGCAAGCGCAGUUGUUGACUUUUCGAGACGAUGGCGACGAGCAGGCGGCGCAGGUGAUCGCCAGCGAGUUGCGCGCAUUUUGUCGUGUGCUCAUCGGUGAAUUACCAUUUGAUGCCGAAUUAGACGGUGAUAAAGGCGGGCGUAAUGGCAGUUACGACGAUUCAACGUUAAACUCGUUUAGCUACAUGGAAUACUUUAAAUAUUAUUAUAGAAGUUUGCGCUUCAGCGAGAAAGAUGUGUGGGCCGCACGUGAAAUAAUUACCGAUGAGGAGCGCCUAGAGAAUAUCGCUGCGCUCAUACGUUCGACACACCCAAGCGUACUCUUUAACUUUGUUCUUUGGCAGGCCUACGUGACGCUACGUUACGAAGAUUGCUUUCUGCUCACGGAAGAGUUCGAAGCGCUGCUGCUCUCCGAGUAUUGGAAUUGGGAUGUGUUCAAUGCGCAUUUUAGUCGUAAAGUCGCGUUGGCCACGUAUCUUUAUCACACUACACGCUUUCAAGAGCAACGACGCACUGUGCUCUUGGGGGAACAGUGGGAUCGCUUUUUAUAUACGAAGCCACAACGUAGUGAUUUCAAUUUGCCGCGCCUCCUUGCCACAUAUGCUAAAACUUACUUAGAUCCUGCUAAUCUAACGGAAAUCUAUGCGGCAGACAAAUUCGAGGAAGGCAACUUUUAUGGCAAUUUGGUAACUUUGCGUCGUCGUCAGCUGAGAAACACAUUUUUCACCGCCUUUAUUGACCCUGAAGACUACAAUCAUCCCCUAUAUUUCUUGCGCAAUUUUCUGCAUUUUACUAUUUUGUCAUUACAACGUCCGUUAUUCCAUUAUUUCGCCACACUGGGUUUUGAUUUGUGGCAUAAAUCGGAUUUGCUGUACAAUUCAGAUGGCUACUACACGGCCGUGUAUUGCUUGGAACGACAGUCACUGUUGAAUUACGAAGUUGCGCCGAUUUAUCAAAUGCUGGGCGAAUCACAAGUUGCCGAGCUUUUUCGGUUUUAUCGUGCUUUUGUCGAGUCUUUAAGAGAUUAUGACUUCUGGCUAGAGGGCGAAUCUUUCGCAUUCGCUGAGGAUUUCGUGCUGGAACAUUUCCAAUUGACUUCGAAACGCAUUAUGUUCUAUGCCGUUGCGCAGUUGCAUUGUGGACGUAAUGACGACUGGUUUAGCCUACUGAUCAAUAGAAGCUUCAUGAAUAUGCCACAGUUCGAGGCGGCUUUUGAGUGUGACGCUGAACUGCCCAUGAACCCGCUGGUCAAGUGUAUGAUCAAUCACUGUGAUUGAGUGAGGUUAAUAGUUGUUAAUAGUGUUAAUAGUUGUUAAAUGUUAUAGCCUUUUUUGUUAUAUAUAUGUAUUCCAAUACAUUUACGAGUAUAUAGCAUAUUUAGCUAAAAUAUCAUGUAAAUAAAAUUUGUGUAGAACAAUUCACUUAAA